UGCAUUUAAGACCCCGGUGAAGGCCAAGACAGGAGAACUAAGCAUUCAUAUUUGACAGAAAGCACAUAAAUGCAUAGACCACCACACCACACAAUCAAUGAACUCACAAUUUGUAUGUAACACAUUGAAGACCAGGCAUAUUCUUCAGACAUAGUGAGGAAUUGGAACUACUGAUCCUUUGUUCUCGGAAGCAGAAUACAGGACCCUGUUUAAGAUGUCUGGUGAAUAUGCCCCGCUCCUCUCUGGUUCACGCUCUUGCAGUUCCUACUCUUCUACCACGGGUUCUCUUACAUUGCUCUUAUAUGCAUCUUCCUUGCCAUCCACAUCACAAUCUGAUCCACAGAUGGUCUUCUCUGGAGGACAGUACUCUGCAGAAGAGCUAUGCAUUGCAGCUGCCAAGUCUUGCGAAAUCCUGCCUGUCUACCAUUCGUUAUUUGCACUGGCAUCUCCUGAUCUCAAGACUUGGUAUAAGCCAAAUCACAUAUUUACAGUGGAUGAAGGAAUAGCUCACGUUGUGGUUUAUCGAAUCAGAUUCUUCUUUCCAGGUUGGAUUGGAAUAAGUGAACAAAGAUCAGCACGCUGCAGCCUCAUGAGCUUGGUUCCUGAACCUAUUCUCAGCUACCAGGUCAUAGACUAUCUCUUUGCUCAGUAUCGGAGAGACUUUAUAGAUGGUAGAAUACAGCUUUCCAUUAACAUUGACGUUCAAGAGCAGUGCUUAGCUCUUGCCGUUCUAGACAUGAUGAGACUGGCACAAGAAAAUGACAAGACCCCAAAAGAAAUUCUCAGCAGUAUAAGUUACAAGCACUGCGUGCCACAAAGCCUACGGCAGAGCAUUGUGAAUCUGAAUUUCUUCUGCCGCAAGAGAUUACGCAGGAUUGUUCAGAAGUCCCUAAAGAAGAUGCGUGCAUGUGUACUCAGUGUCCCUCUCAUCAAAAUCAAAUAUCUAGUGGAUUUAGAGAAACUGGAUCCAGAUUUUGGGAUAGAGACUUUUUUCGUUAGAAGCACACACAAAGAUAGCAAAGACUUGGUACUUAGAGUUUCAAGGUGCGGUGGCAUCAUUUGGAAAGAAGUCGACAGUGAGUUGUGGCAGCCAUUCAGUGACUUUGAGGACAUAGUGGAUAUUAGAAUAACACAGGCUGACUCUGAUCAAAAAAGUGGAGAAGGACGUAUAGUAACAAUCACAAAGCAAAACAACAAAGUCUUGGAGGCACAGUUCCAAAUGUUAAGAGACACUCUGUCUUUUGUGUCUCUGGUUGAUGGAUAUUACCGGUUGACUAAAGACUCGCAGCAUUAUUUUUGUGAAGAAGUGGCUCCACCAAGACUGAGGUGGAAUUUGGACAAUCAGUGUCAUGGUCCUAUCACCUCAGAGUUUGCUAUUGAUAAACUGAAGAAUAAUGGAAGCGUUGGAAGCUAUGUUCUCCGUAACUCUCCCCAGGAAUAUGACAAGCUUCUACUAACCGUGUGUUUGGAGACGUCUCUCGGUAAGGAUUUCCAGGGCUGCUCCAUCCAGUGUAAGAAUGACACUUUUUCUUUGAUUGGUGUCUCACGUUACUUCUCCAGUUUGCGGAAUCUCUUGGAGUACUACAAACAUAAUAAGCUGUGUCUGGGUGGCGUCUCCACAUGUCUGACAUAUUGCUGCCCUCCAAGAGCCAAAGAGAAAUCAAACCUUUUAAUUCUACAUGACAAUUACCCUCCACAAAUGAUGUCACCAACAAGACAACGAAGACAAAUUCCGCUACUGACCUUUCAAAAAAUCCAUCUCAACGAUAUCACCUUUUUGGAAAGCCAAGGAAAAGGCUCCUUCACCAAAAUAUUUCAUGGGUUACGCAGAGAUGCAGAUGGAGAGGAGGAGCACAAAGUUGAUGUUCUGCUGAAAAUUCUUGAUGCCACUCACCAGCAUUACCAAGAGUCUUUUCUAGAAGCAGCAAGCUUAAUGAACCAACUCUCUCACAAACACCAAGUCCUUCUACAUGGAGUUUGUGUUGGAAAACAGAUUGUUAUGGUUCAGGAAUAUGAGACUCUGGGUGCCGUAGAUCUUUACUUGAAGCGAAGGCAACAGAAAGGCCCUAUACCGAUAAGCUGGAAGCUAGAAGUUGUCAAACAACUUGCAUAUGCCCUCUGCUACAUGGAGGAUAAACAGUUGGUCCACGGGAACAUAUCAGCUAAGAAAAUACUUUUGAGCCGUGAAGGUGACAAGGACACUCCUCCGUUUAUAAAACUUAGUGACCGUGGUGUUAGCAUCAAAAUCUUGGAAAGAGGAAUGCUGCUAGAAAGAAUCCCAUGGCUGGCUCCUGAAUGUGUGUCUGAUGUGAGAAAUUUGGCGUUAGAGUCUGACUGCUGGAGUUUUGGGGUCACAAUGUGGGAAAUUUUUAAUGAUGGCAUUGUGCCCCUAAAUACAGAGGAACCUGAAAAGAAACUGCAGUUUUAUAACGAUCAGAUGCAGCUUCCAGCUCCACACUGGAUAGAGUUGGCAAGCUUAGAGCAACAGUGCAUGUCUUAUAACCCGGUCCUAAGGCUAACCUUUCGCUCUAUCAUCCGUGAGCUUAAUAAUCUUAUUGCAUCUGAUUAUGAACUGUUAGUGGAUUCCAAAGGACAACAAAUGAAAGAUGGAUUUAGAGUUUGUGAUCGUGUGUGGGAAUACCAGGAUCCAAGUGUUUAUGAAGAAAGGCAUCUUAAAUACGUGUCAGUUAUUGGCAAGGGAAAUUUUGGAAGUGUGGAGCUCUGCAGAUAUGAUCCUUUAGGUGACAAUACAGGAGAGCUGGUUGCAGUCAAAAAACUUCAGCAUAGUACAGCUGAACAUGUCCAAGAUUUCCACAGAGAGAGUCUCAUUCUUCGUGCUCUCCAUAGUGACUACAUUGUAAAGUACAAAGGGAUAUGCUAUAGUGCAGGUCGACGUAGUUUCCAAUUGGUCAUGGAAUAUCUUCCUAAUGGAAGCCUGCAGGAAUUUAUUCCUAAGAAUCGAGAUGGCCUGAGGUUUCAUCAUCUUCUUCUCUAUGCAUCUCAGAUUUGCAAGGGAAUGUUAUACUUGGGCUCUCAAAGAUAUCUUCACCGGGAUCUGGCUAGUAGGAAUAUUCUUGUAGAGAGUCCAAACCAUGUUAAAAUUGGAGACUUUGGCUUGACAAAAAUCCUGCCACAGGAUAAAGAAUACUAUGUAGUUAGAGAACAAGGACAAAGCCCUAUCUUUUGGCAUGCCCCGGAAUCACUUUCAGACAAUAUUUACUCUCGGGAGUCAGAUGUCUGGAGUUUUGGAGUCCUUCUUUAUGAACUGUUUACAUAUUGUGAAAGAAGCUGCAGUCCCUCAGCUGAAUAUCGUCGUAUGAUGGGACCACAUAAUUCUCAGCAAACUGUUUGUGGGCUUGUGGAACUGUUACGAGCGGAGAAAAGAUUGUUUUCUCCAGCAUGUUGCCCAGUUAAGGUAUAUAAGAUGAUGCUGUCCUGCUGGUCAUUCCAACCAUCUGAGCGGCCAACAUUCAGUGCUCUAGAGAAUCAGUGUGAACAGCUCCGCAGAGAAUAUCAGAGCGUGCCCAACACUCGGAACGGCAACAUGUACGAAGCUGAGUUUCAGUUCAGUUAGAAUUGAAGGCAUACUGUAUGUUAUCAUUUGGUGUAAAUAUUUACAAUGAGGACAAAUGCAAGAGCACAAGUAUUCCGCCUGAAAUACUUUCUGUGCAUUCCCGCUAAAGCCAAAAACCGAAUAAAUGUACAUGUACUAGAUUCUAAAUCAACAAAUAAAGAUAUUUUAA